CGGAGGCGUGCACGACUGCGCGCUCGCGACAGGUGUUUCCAUUUACACGUGUGUUACAGUACAAGAGAGAAACUGUUGAACAGUCGCAACGGGAGAAAGAGAAAGCAACAUGGAGAUGAGCUUUUCAACGAUGGUGAUAUUAGCAGGUUGGAUAAUUUUUGGAGGCACUUCAGAGAGUCCACCCAUCAUAUCUGAAUUGUCCAAAACUGCAACAACAUCUUUUACAACGACAGAGCCACAUUUUUCGACAUCACCUCUGGUGUCAAACUCAGUAUCAGCUGAUGCCAGUGUGGGACAAACAACAAAUGAACCUACAACGGUUGGCCAUACUCAAACAACUGAAUUGCCAUCAACUGUGAACUCCACCACAACCACUACAAACUCAACUUCAGUCCCAGCAUCAAAUGCAACCACCACCAGCAAUUAUAUUUCCUCUCCAGCAAGUAUGAUCACCAGCUCACCCCAUGCGACCAAUGCAUCGACCACACUAACAUUGAGUCCGGAGACUGGAACUCAAAGCUUGAAGACUGAAAGUUCUGCCGGCACUGUGACAAGAACGUCUUCUGCGAGUCAUACCUCGAAUACGGCUACUCAAAAUACUGUAAGUGUUACUACUAGUGCCAAAACUACAGCUAGGCCUACUUCAACGAUAAUUACAACCAAACUGGUGGCCUCUACUUCUAAAGAGUUAGGAUCAACUAAGCUGCCAUCGUCAACCACAAAACCAUUAACAACAGCAGUGCAACAAAAUACCACAACAAGGCUGGAAAAGAAGAAUCCAGAUGCCCUGAGCUCAGGAAAUGUAGCUGCCAUCUUCAUUGGCCUUAUUGCCAUUGUACUAAUCCUUCUUGGUGUUGCAUACUACUUCAAAAUUCAACGGUCAAAUUAUGGACGCCUUUUGGAUGACACCGACCAAGCUUCUGUGGGGAAUUUUCUUAACCCAAUGUAUGAUGGCUAAAUGGGGAAGUAGUUACAGUAUGAGGAAACAACUCAGUGAUUCAUUUCUGAGGAAGAACCUACGAUGACUUUUAGUCAUUAAUGUGGUAACAUCAGAUUCUGUAUGAUACCCCCAAAAUAUCCACUUCAGACUGAAAAUAGAUCGAUCACUGAUCAGAAUCAUCAACUCUCAGAAUGCUGGCAAGACUAAUUGUUUCAUAAAAGUAUUAUGAUGAUUAUUUUGAUGGGUUAAUCAAAGUCAAGUUUGGUGUGAAUUUUAAAGUAAUUUUCAAGAAAUUUCAGUUUUUUUUUUUUGUUUGUUUGUUUUGUUUUUUGUUUGUGAAAUCAAUGUAGUUUUGACAUUCAUGACCAUAUUGUCUAAGGUAUAGUUGACUGAUUGAUAUGCUUGUUGGUUUUGCACAAAAUGUUCAGAUCAUGAUCAUAUUUCUUUUUCUUUAAAGAGCACCUAUUAUGGUUUUUCAAAUAUUACCUUUCAUGUAGUGUGUUAUAUAGCUGUUUGUGAAUGUAAAAAAGUCUGCAAAGUUUCAAAAAUCAAAGUUCACGACAAAAGUCAAUGAGUUAUUGACUCCCAAAAGAAAGAACCGAUUCUGAACACCUGAAACGAGUCGUUAGUAAUUCCAGACUUACUUCCUGUACUAACCAAUGUAAUUUGGUAACAAAAAAACCCACCUCUGGUCUUCAUUGGCUGCUCACGAACAGCUUUGACCCGCCCUCAAAUGCUACACUAAGCGGUAGACCAAUCACAACAGACUGGGACAUCUGACCAAUCAGAGCAGAAUAGGCUCUCUGAAAGGAGGAGUUUAGAAUGAAUCCUUUAGAAAGGAUCAUUGAACGAGUCGUUUUUGCUACUGCGGAAAAAAGGUAAUGCUGCAAUUUAAAUUAUGAGCAAAUUAAAGUGUUUUUUGACCUUGGAUGCAUGUAAAUCUAUUGUAUGAGACCUUUAAAACAAAAUUAGGCACGUUUAAAAACCAUAAUAGGUGCUCUUUAAAGACCCAGGACAGUAUAAUAUUUUGUUGCUAGUGUACUCCUGAAAGUUUACAAAAACAAACUUGUAGCAUACGGUAUAUAGGCAUUGAUAUUUUACGGUUAUUAUUUUCCAGGAAAAAAAAAAUUAUUGAUGACUCAUCCUGCACUCACAGGCAUAACAAAUUCAUAAAAUAUAUAACAAAUCUUGUUUAAAAUUUUAAGUCUUGUCAACUUGAAAUGUUGUUAAAAACAGCAUACAGUUGAAAAAUGAAUAAAAUUUGUUGCAUGA